AGAACUUCAUUCUACCCUACAGUGGUGAUUUUUAUCAUUAUUUCGUGUAUCUUGUGUCAAUUUGUCGCCAGCAUUCCCGUAUUACCAAGAAUCGCCUUACAGUCUCACGAUAAUGAGGUUACAAUCAAAAUUUCCACAGGCCAUCAUAUUUGCGGAAAGGUUUCCUCUGACGCCUAUAAGGCAGAUAAAUCCCUCACAUAUAAUACAUAUAAAGUCCAUGAUGCUACAACCGAAUCUAAUACCUUGUAUGAUCAAUUAUCUAAUAUUUCCUCUAAUAUCCGCAAUUAUUUAGCUGAGCAUCAUGUUGCCAUCAUUAUUGGAGCAAUCAUAAUAGCCGUACUAGCCGUACUUAUGAUUUUUCCACCUCUUAUUACCGGUCUCAUACGUUGUAUAGGAUUCGGCGUUGGAGGAAUAGUUAAAGGAAGUUGUGCCGCCAUGAUUAUGGCCAGUCGUUCUGGAAAAGUUGCUGUUAAUAGUGCUUGUGCUGUAUUGCAAAGCGCUGGCGAAUUAGGAGUAAAGGGAUUUGGGGGAUUAAUUAAGCUAUUUCUCAGACUGAUUAAGUGUUGUUAGGGCAAGUUUUAUUGUAAUAAUAGAAACGAAAAUAAUUUGAGAUCAAAUAAUGGUAAUAGGAGAUGCUAUUGUAUUAUAUGAAUUAAAGUUAGAUGCCACUAAAUUUUUUAAUUCUUUAAUAUCUAAUUUUUAUUGAAAUCAGC